UUAUCAAACAUCAGCGGUGUACGCGUUCGGUCGCGCACGGUUGUACGAUUAACCGCGUUUUCGUUCCGUGAACUGUUUCAAGUGCGAGCCCGUCCAUUCACGACGUUGAAAAACCCUUUCAGCACGGCCAUGUUUGUCGAGACGAGCGUUUCUUGUGCGAAAUUCGCGUCAUUCGUUAUCGAGCACGUCGCGUUCCGUCUACUGCACGGUCGUUUCGUCCUUCGUUUCCUAUCCACAGACGUUAAGCAUCGUGGGGACACGAGGUUAAUCAUGCCGCCAAGAACAGGAUACGAUAUCCUUCGGAAACGAUUUCUGCGCGAUAGAAGUAUAGACAUAGGGAGGACUGGCAAUGGAUCAAUUGGGAGAAGGGCAGGCAGUUGUCGUUGGCAGUGCCGGCGGAACUGUUCAGGUUGUUCAAAUGGGACAAGGUGGUCAAGCGAUGAUGUUGCCACAAGCCAUACAAGUAGCUGCACCUAAUGGACAAAUACAAGUUGUACCAGUGUCUAGUUUAACUAGUACAGGUCAACAGAUCGUGAUACAACAACCGCAGACACCACAAAUCAUCCAAACUCCGGAUGGACAAACAUACAUUUAUCAACCAGUUCAAUUAGAGGGCCAAGUUCAACAAGCCCAACCUACAGUGAUUAAUCUCAAUGGAAAUCUUAUGCAAAUUGCUGGAACAACAUCGCAGACGACAACCACUGCUGCAGCCACAACACCGGUCCAACCUUUGGCAAGUCCUACUGCAGCAGCAUCUCAGGCAGGAAACGUUGUCAUGAUGGUACCUGGUAAUAGUGGGCAGACACAAUUUCAAAGAGUAGCAUUACCUAAUGCCGAGGUUUUUGAAGAAGAACCUUUAUAUGUAAAUGCUAAACAAUAUAGACGUAUAUUAAAACGUCGACAGGCCCGUGCUAAAUUAGAAGCUGAAGGAAAAAUACCUAAGGAAAGACCGAAAUAUCUCCACGAGUCUCGCCAUCGACACGCAAUGAACAGAAUUCGUGGCGAAGGUGGUCGUUUUCAUUCUGGUCAAGUAAAGAAGCGGAAUAGAACAAAUGAAAACUCCAUGAUUACCCAGCACAUCUCAACUUCGACCAGCACCAAUACCGUUCGUACUAUAGCAAUAGCAGCAGCAAACGUAGGAGUACAGUAUCAUGACACAGAUAAUAUGGCCUCUACCAUUGUUAUCGAAAAACCAGGUAUACCUCUUCAGGAUAUGAUCUCUGAAGAUGACAUUGUUACCUCGAACAAUCGCUUAAUGUAAAUAAAUACUUAAAUACGAUGAGCGCCGGUAAUAUAAAUGAAAAAGGAAAGUGUGUCAAUGAUCAAAUCCUACUUAUAUUUGCGCCAGUCUUCAAAGAACAUUUUGUAAAUAAUACUCUCUGAUAGGAGAUGUAGUGUAAGCAGUUGUUGAGGGUAAGAAACUGCGAAGUGUUAUCAAAGAUGUAUAUAAUAUGUUUGUAAAAGUGUUGGUCAUAUAUUUUUUUAGCUUUUCUUUGUAUGUAGCCUAAAACUUACUGAUAAUAUUAUUGCAUAGUAUUAUGUCGCGGUGCAACGGAAAACUGAAUGAAAAUUUAAAUACUAUCAUAUUACGAUAUUUUGUUGAAUAAUAUAUUGUAAUUCAGUUAUUGUUAACAAUAUAUUGUGUACAUACGAAAUUUGCAAUGUAACAUAUCGAAUGUAAGAUUUUUAAUACUUGUAAAAUUUCGAAGAACAUACGUAUCGCUACAUUGGAUUGAGAGACUGAACUAUAAUUUAUUAUUACGUGUUGGGUACCAUUUGUAGAAUAGAUUUUAUAAUGAAUUAAUCUUCAACUUCCAUUGCAAUGAUGAACUAGGAAGCGGUCGAGAAUGAGAGAGAGAGAGAGAGAGAGAGAGAGCGCACUGAUGAGAUUUUUUGUACAAUUUUGAGUGUGAGUACAAUUAAUUUAGUAUAAUGUAAAAAUUUAUGGGGAAUAGUUAAUUUUUAAGAAUAUUUUUAAGAAGUUACUCAUAUUUCAGUGGCUUAUUGUAAAUAACGUGUUUCACCUUGAAAUGAUAAUAUUUUGAUCGAUCGAGGUGUAAUAUUUAUUGAAUGUAAGUAGUAAUCAAAAUAUUUUAAAAUAUAUUGUAAUAAAUAAUUCUUUUAUGUCGAUUAAAAGGUUUCAAAGAUUUAUGGAAUAUUGAUACUCGUUUUAUUUUAGUGUAUUCUAAAUUCACCACGAUGAUUUUGCAAGAAAUGUAUGGCUAUACAAAUUUCCAUUAAAAUAACGGCUUUAGAAUAUUGAGAGAUUAAUCUAAUUAAUUUUCUUUGAGAGUGAUUUUUACGAUAUUCCACAUGAGUAAAUCUGCAGUAGCUUCAUUGGGGAAUGUAAAGAUAAAUAUAGAAAUCGUUUCACAUUCACAAGAUAUUUUUAAAUGUUCUGUAACAAGUCGAACUUGUAAAUAACUGUAAAAUUAUAAAUGUAAGAUUUACACGAAAUAUAAUAAUAUGCUCAGCGUGAAUGUGAACAAUUGUAAAGUAAUAGUUAAGUUGGGUGAAAAUAGGAAAUAAUAUAUUUGUAAUGGAUCUAAGUAUAUACAAGUAAAUCGACAUGAGUUGUGUUUUGUAAUAAUUUAUA